CCUUAAGUGCAUGCAGGCAGGUGAGCUCUGAGCUGUCACAACACAAGUUCGUCUACUGUAAAAUAAUCGCAACCUAUAUUGUUUGUUGGAUUCGCAAAAAACAUAGUCUAUUCGUUAAGUUCAUCAUGGCUUCUGGGAAUCUUGGACUAACUUAUGGAGGGCAAGAAAAAACUCCAUCAUUGUCCGGCGAAACUGAAUUUGCUGCCGAAGCUGGAGCUCCUGGGGGAUUGUUUCAUGCCGAUUACAAACGUCAUGACGAUUUGAAACAAAUGUUAGAUAGCAGCAAAGAUAGUCUAAAAUUGGAAGCAAUGAAAAGAAUAAUUGGGAUGAUAGCCAAAGGAAGAGAUGCUUCUGAUUUAUUUCCUGCUGUUGUGAAAAAUGUGGUUUCUAAAAAUAUCGAAGUAAAGAAGCUGGUAUAUGUUUAUCUGGUUCGUUAUGCUGAAGAACAACAAGAUCUGGCACUCCUUUCCAUAUCCACAUUUCAAAGGGCUCUAAAGGAUCCAAAUCAGCUUAUAAGAGCUAGUGCACUCCGAGUUCUUUCUAGCAUUAGGGUUCCAGUCAUUGUUCCAAUCAUGAUGCUGGCUAUUAGAGAUUCUGUUAGUGACAUGUCACCAUAUGUCAGAAAAACAGCAGCUCAUGCUAUACCAAAACUCUAUGAUCUUGAUCCUGAACAAAAGGAUGAGCUUGUUAUGGUGAUUGAGAGACUCCUCUCAGAUCAAACAACACUUGUUGUUGGAUCAGCAGUCAUGGCAUUUGAACAGGUAUGUCCUGAACGCACGGAUCUAAUACACAAGAAUUUUAGAAAACUUUGUGCUGUUUUGGUGGAUAUUGAAGAAUGGGGACAGGUUAUUAUUAUUGGCAUGCUUACCCGGUACGCGCGGACUCAAUUUACGGACCCCAAUAUUAACGGUACUAAUCAUUCCGAAAAAGACAAACCAUUUUACGAAGAAAGCGAAGAAGAUGACGAGAAAGGAAAACAAACGGAAUCGUUGGUGUUAGACCCAGAUCAUCGACUGCUUUUGCGAAACACGAAACCCUUGCUCCAGAGCAGAAACUCAUCGGUUGUUAUGGGUGUCGCCCAAUUGUAUCAUCAUUUGGCUCCUAGAGAAGAUGUAGCCAUAGUGACCAGGGCUUUAAUACGCCUGCUGCGUUCACAUCGUGAGGUUCAGACCGUCGUACUGAACUCAAUUGCAUCCAUGUCAGUCAACCGAAAGGUACAAGUGAAUGUUGCAAAAAAAUUUAUUUUGUGUGUGUUAACUUAUUUUUUCGUCGUGUUGAAGGACAUGUUUGAACCUUUUCUGAAAAAUUUCUUCGUUAGAAGCACCGAUGCUACGCAAAUCAAACUACUUAAAUUGGAGAUUUUGACUAAUUUAGCAAACGAGUCAAACAUUACUUUUAUUCUCCGAGAGUUUCAGACUUAUAUUUCAAGUCAAGAUAGAGAUCUUGUUGCUGCUACUAUUCAAGCCAUCGGACGUUGUGCAGCUGGAAUCAAAGAAGUAACCGACACAUGCCUAAGUGGGCUUAUCGCUUUGUUGUCGAAUUCAGAUGAAUUGGUCGUUGCAGAGAGCGUUGUGGUCAUUAAAAAACUGUUACAGACACACCAAGGCUCACACGGAGACAUUGUCGGUCAAAUGGCCCGACUUGUUAAUAGAAUAACUGUGCCCCAAGCUAGGGCAGCUAUUCUAUGGCUCGUAGGCGAACACUGCGAAAAGAAACGUGUGUCCAAAAUGGCUCCCGAUGUACUUCGUUUCAUGGCACGGACUUUUGCAAAUGAGCAAGAUGUGGUGAAACUCCAGAUUCUGAAUUUAGCCGCCAAAUUGUGCCUGUCAAAUCCAAAACAAACCAAAGUUCUUUGUCAAUACGUCUUCAGUCUAGCAAAAUAUGACCAAAAUUAUGAUAUUCGAGACCGCACAAGGUUUCUUCGUCAUCUUGUCUUCCCUUCAACUGAACAGGCGCUUCUUGCUAAAUAUGCCAAAAAAAUAUUUUUGGCCUCAAAGCCGGCUCCUGUAAUCGAGUCCGUAUUCAAAGAUCGAGAUGAAUUUCAGUUGGGCUCUCUGUCUCACUACCUCAACAGCCGAGUUGUUGGAUACAUGGAUCUACCAAAUUUCCCUGCCGUUGCUCCUGAUUCUAAUGUUCGAAAUGUUGAAUCUCCCAGACCCGUCAUUCCAGUUACCAGUUUGCGAGGAAAUUCUGCAUCAGCUCCUUCCAAAGGAAAGAAAAAGGAAACGUUUUACUCGGAGAGUUCUUCAGAAGACGACGAUGUGAAAGAUGAAUCUGGAAGCUCAGAUUCAAAAUCAGAUUCUUCCUCUGAAAUGGAUUCGGAUUCUGCAGAGAGUGAUUCGGACGAAUCCUCUAGCGAAGAAGAUCCCGAUGAUUCUGUCGAUAUUUCCCAACAAAAUAUCGUACGGCUUUCACCAUCUCUUUCUCCAUCGCCUCCUGCUCAACGGUUGAGCCGUACACUCGUGAUUGAAUCUAGUUCGGAAUCAGAGUACUCUUCGAACAGUUCCGAUUCAGAUUCCAAUGACUCGGAUAAAGUCGUAAAAUCAUCACGAAUGCCACCACCCAAGUCGAAUUUGGAUUUACUCCUCGAUUUAGAUGUCUCAGAUUCAGCUCCAGUUAUGGCUUCUGUUUCUGGAAUUCCGCUUGGAACCUUAGCGAGCACACCAAUUACGGACUCUAGCGUUCAACCAGUUUCUGCUGCGUACAUUUCCACCAGACCAACGGAAUUAGUCUCCAGCAUUUCAAGUGGUUGCGGUUUACAAAUUUUAUAUCGUUACACACGCUCCAUCAAUUUGUACUCACCUUCCAUGGUUACCAUCGAGCUUACCUUAGUGAACACUGGCAACGAGGAGUUAACGGAAGUAAAAAUAACUAACAAAAAUAUGCCUGUUGGUAUUUCCAUGCAUGAAUUUACGACUUUGGCGUCCCUUCCGGUCGGUGCCACGAGACUUGUUACAGUUGGCAUAGACUUUGGCGAUUCAACUCAAAAUGUCAGCUGUGAUUUGGUAGCUAGCGGAAGACCUAUCAAAAUCAAUUUUAGACCUUCUGUUGGUGAACUGAUUCGUCCUGUUACGUGCACUGAAGGUGUUUUUAUCAAUGAACAAGGAAAACUCAAAGGGAUGAAUGAGCACAGCUUUUCAAUUACCAACACAUUGGAAUUAGAAGAUAUGAAGAACAUCUCAACUAAAAUAUUUCGCACGACUAAUAUGGCUUCCAUAAAUUCCAGCGAUCCAAACACUUUAAGAUUCGCCGGACAAACGCUGUCAUCCAAAUCAUUGGUUUUAGUCACAAUCUUGGUUGGGGUCAAUCCCAAAUUGACUGUUUCUUGCGAGAAGAUGAUCAUUGGGUCCAUGCUUUUAGCUGAACUCAAGGAAGCGCUUAAAAAUUGAUUAAUCUCUGAUGGUCAUUUCAUACUGUGCGUUUGUUCCACAGUUUUCUGUUGAAAAUAAUUUAAUCAAAUAAAAAUUUGCAG